CUUCAUAUCUUAAGUAAGCAUUCCUAAGAUGGCAUCUACAGUAUUAGUUAAAUUGCCAACUGUACCUUUUCCUCAAGGGAAGAAAUCACCAUCGGAUAUAGUAACAUUAACAGAAAGAAAUGAAGGUUUAAGUCAAAAUGUAAGACAUCAAACUAUAAACAUUGAUAGCGUAACUCAACUUGAACAAAAUAUGAAAUUUUUACAAGAACAACAUCAAGCAACUUUAGUUGCCUUACACCAAGAAGUUGAGUCAUUACGUCAAAAGAAUAGAGAUUUGCAGUUUCAAUUAGUAUUCUCAAAAGGAUCUACUUAUAUGCCUAGCAGUCCUUCAUCUCCUGAAGAUAAUGGAACUGGGUUUGUGAAACCAAAGGGUAGCCCAAUAUGCGUGAAUAUUAUACCAUUGCAAGUGGAACUUUUAGAGAAAGAUUUGCAAGAUACUAAGAUUUCUUUGCAAGAGGCUAAAACGCAAAACCAGUAUUUAUCUGAAAUUAUUGAGCAACAGAAAAUAAAAUUGAGUUCUGCUGAGGAACAAAAAGCAAAUAAACAGCCAAUGACAGACGUAGGAAUUCAGGUGGGAAAUAGACUUGAUCCUGUUCGAACAGAUUUAGGUACAUGUUUGGAAGUCGCAGAAGGAAUGGUAAAACGAUUGCGUAAACAGAAUGAAGAACAAAAAAAAGAAAUUGCAACAUUAAAAGCAGCAUCGGCAAAUACGAAUAGUAACAAAGGAGCACGAUCUCGUGACAGUCACAAUAGUCAUCACAGUCGUGGAUCACCUACGAGCACCUUACAAGAACAAACCCCCCAUAAAUUCCCACCAUUGCAGAGUCAAAGCUAUUGGCACCGCAGAGCACCAAGAAACGGGAGGAAUCGACAGGAUAAACCAGAUCACCAAACAGAGAUGGAUUCUACCGUAUUACCGCAACUUCAAAACGGCAACAUGAAACCAGACACGAUGAUUUUUGAAUCUCCAUUUUAUCGAUCUCGAGGAUAUCGUCACUAUUAUCGUGAUGAAAAUAGUCGAAAAUAUAGAGGACAAAUAUCGCAAAAAGAUCGUAGAGAUAGUGAUAAUCAUCAUCACCGACGAGACUACAAGGAUAGAAGUUCUAAAGUGCAUCAAAAAGAAUUUGCAGAUUCGACGGAAGGAUCGAGAGAAGCUGAUAAUUCUGCGGGUAGUAAAUCAUAAAAUAGGAACUGUCUGUCGAUAUAACAAAUACGUAGCAGACUUUUCGUUCUCCACUUAUAUACAGACAAUUAUAAAAAGACUCGGACAGCGGCAUAUUUGUUAAUAAAAGAGCGAUCUACGUUUUCUUAUAUCCGCUUUAAUAAUAUAAUUGAUGUUAGUUAUAUGCAUACAGUUUGGAGUAGGAUAGUUGUAACAUCAAAUUAAAAU